AUGCUCGACGAUGAGGAAACCAAGGCCAGUGAGGCCAUGCCUUGUCCAAAGCCCCUCCACACCCCAAGAGUACAUGUGUGUCUUUGCCUUUUUAGAUCGGAGCUCUUAAGCCUGCUGAAGACCUACAACUGCUACCAUGAGGGCAGAAGCUUUCAGCUGAGACACUGUGAGGAAGAAGGGGCUCUGAUCAUCGAGGGGCUCCUCAACAUCGCCUGGGGACUCCGGCGGCCCAUCCGGCUCCAGAUGCAGGAUGACCGGGAGCGAGUGCACCUCCCCUCGGCCUCGUGGACACCUGGACAGCCCAGCUGCCACCCAAAGGAGCCAUCUCCCCAGGACAAAAGGGUCACCACUGAGGAGCCAGGGGCCCAGCUGGUGCCCAAGGUUGAGAGUUCCAGAGACAGUGCAGGGCCCCUGGAGGAGGACGAGGAGACCCCACAGCUGAUGCGGACCAAGAGCGACGCCAGCUGUAUGGUCCAGAGGAGGCCCAAGUGCCGCGCACCCAGCGAGGCCCAGCGGAUCCGGCAACACCGGUUCUCCAUCAAUGGGCACUUUUACAAUCACAAGACCUCCGUGUUUACUCCUGCCUAUGGGUCUGUGACCAACGUGAGGGUCAACAGCACCAUGACUACCCUGCAAGUGCUCACCUUGCUGCUGAACAAGUUCAGAGUGGAAGACAGCCCCAGUGAGUUUGCACUCUACAUCGUUCACGAGUCUGGAGAGCGGACAAAAUUAAAAGAUUGUGAGUACCCACUGGUUUCCAGAAUCCUACACGGUCCAUGUGAGAAGAUCGCCAAGAUGUUCCUGAUGGAAGCCGACCUGGGCGAGGAAGUCCCCCACGACGUCGCUCAGUACAUUAAGUUUGAAAUGCCGGUGCUGGACAGUUUUGUUGAAAAAUUAAAAGAAGAGGAGGAAAGAGAAAUAAUCAAACUGACCAUGAAGUUCCAAGCCCUGCGACUAACGAUGCUGCAGCGCCUGGAGCAGCUUGUGGAGACCAAGUAGCUGGCCAGUCCCUGCCUCUUCUGAAGCCCCCAGCAGCAAGUGCACACUGAGCCCCAGUGGCCGGGCCCCAACUGGUCACACUGAUUGAUGGCCACUACCUGAGGAACCUAGCGCCUGAGCUUCCUCCUGGCUGAAGCCCAAGUACCAUGAGUCCCACAGCCCUAGGUGAGCACUCACAGGGCCCAGAGCCAGGCUGAGGGGCCAGGAACUUGCUGGGGUCUGCGUGCAAGGCUGGCCUGGGCAGUGAGUAGCCUUGAAACUAUGGCACCAGCCACAUUAUAUGGCUGGAUGGUGUGGCCAGUCCUGUUCACACCACACCUCUCCUGCUUGGGAAAGCAGUACCCGACCCAGGCCCUGGGGCAUGGGCUUCAUCCACUUGCCUGGUGCCUGGCCCAGAGCCCUUGCAGGGCCACAAGCCCCUGUCUUUGUCAUCCAAGUGAAUCUCAAGAUCCCCAUCUGCCCUCACAUCACACUGCUGCUCAGGAACUCUGCUGGGACAGUCAGGGGCUGCCAGCAGGAAUGGGAUGUGCCCUGCGCCCAGCCAUCCCCUCACUGUGGUGUCUCUGACCUCCAAGCCUCCGACAUCACCCUGUGAGCCUUGCACAGCACAGCACCCCUACGCAGAGGUCAGACCAAGAAUAACUUCAUCAGUGAGACUCGAAUUCUUACAAGGAGCUCACUGCAAGAAACACGUCAAUUUGAUCAUGUUGAGGAGGUGAUCCACAUGGUGUUGAAAGGAUGCUGCCUGUGUGGGUGAGAGUCCAGGCCUGCCCAGCAGCAGCCGGAAGGCAGUGCCACUCCCAUUACCCCUGCCCUGUGCACACCUGUGUGUCCCUUUUCUUCUCUGGGUUUGUGUUCCUCUCCUCUAGCGGACAGGGGAUGACUCUCAGUACUUCUUAUCAAAGCGCGGCAAUGAGGAGAAAUGUUUGUUUAGGGAGAAAGGGCUUUGAAUUCCCUGGGGCCAGAUACUGAACAAUUUGUGUUUGUCCACUGCUGAAGAAUUUCUGGAAUGAAUGAGGAAGUGUUUGCGAAACUAUGCAACAGUUUACAUGUGAAGCAUUUGUCCAAAACAGAGCAAACUGAAGAUCAGAUUCUUCUCCCACUGGGGUCUCUGGGUAGUGGAUUUAAAGGGAAGAACCACAAAGGCUUGUCAAGAUAGGAGCCAUUCCAUCUCCAGUACAUGCAGAAGCUUUUCUCAGUCACCAUAAACAGCAGAGUAUGGGAGUGACCGCGCCAUGUGGGGCCACUCACCAGGGUGAACUUGACACCGGUUUCCCUGACCCAGCCCCAUCAUCGCAGAGAUGCCCAGAGAUGUGGGAGUGGCCUGCAGUUCUGUCCUCUCUGCUCUCCUUUGGCCACUCGGUUUCUUGGGUGCUUAAUAAAGGUGUGCCAUACCGAACUGAA